CCUUGCUGCAGUGUCUGUGAGGGCGUUGGACGUGACCGUGAGCCAGAGCAGUAUUCAGGUAGCCCGCGGCCAGGCGGCCAUCUUGCCCUGCUCCUUCACCACCAGUGCUGCUCUCAACAACCUCAACAUUAUCUGGAUGGUCAUACCGCUGUCCAAUGCCAACCAGCCAGAGCAGGUGAUCAUCUACCAAGGUGGGCAAGUAUUCAGCCUUGCCAACCACCUGAAUGGCAGGGUGGGCUUCGUGGCCACCAUGCCCAGCACAAGUGCCUCCAUCUUCAUCAACAACACCCAGCUGACGGACACAGGGACCUACCAGUGCCUGGUUAACAACCUCCCGGACAGAGGGGGGCGCAACAUCGGGGUCAUCGGCCUUACCGUGCUGGUGCCCCCCUCGGUGCCAGCGUGUCGUGUCCAGGGCACGCUGGAUGUGGGCAGUGACAUCAUGCUGAUGUGCAGCUCAGAUGAGGGGAUCCCCACGCCCACCUACUCCUGGGAGAAGCUGGAGUCUCUGCCCAAGCUGCCCCACACCGCCAUGCAAGACCAGAUGCAAGGGACAGUCACACUGAGGAACAUCAGCACCAGCACAUCUGGACUGUACCAGUGCAUCUCCUCCAAUGCCAUCGGCAAGAGCACCUGUCUGCUCAACCUGCAGGUGGUAGCGCCCCAGCCCCAGAGUGUGGGUCUGAUAGCAGGCACCAUCGCCACGGGCAUCCUGGCUGUCAUCAUCUGCUCCCUGCUGGUGGUGGUCACGCUCUUCUACUGGAAGAACAAGAACAAGUACGAGGAGGAGGAGAUCCCCAACGAGAUCAGGGAAGAUGACCUGCCCCCCAAGAGGUCUUCGUCGGUGAAAGCUUUCCACGCAGACGCCUCGUCCUCAGAAAACGACACGCUAACCUCCACCAACACAUACAACAGCCGCUACUGGCACAACCCCAAGCCCAACUAUGACACCAACUCCUACACCCGUUACAACGGUGACACCCGCCAGACCUUCUCCACAGGCCAUCCCCCAGCCACCACAGCGGCCCCGGGUUCCGCCCCGGGUUCCGCCCCUCUUGCCCGCCAGGCCUAUUCCAACGGAAGCCACACCCUCCCCCCGCCCAAGACUCUGGUGGUCACCACCAACUCCGCCCCUUCCCCUCCCACCAUGGUUCGGAGUAAUGGCUCGGUGAGCCUGAAGCCUGUAACCAUGGGCUCCCACGGGCAGCACACACACUCGUACGCGGUGAGCCAGGCCACGCUGGAGCGCAUGGGCGCUGUUCCCGUCAUGGUGCCAGCUCAGAGCAGGGCAGGGUCGCUGGUCUGAACCUAAACCCUCCAGAACUUUCUGCCUGGGCCUCGAACCCUCUAUGAACCAGUUUAGGACUCACUCUCUCUGAGAAUUGAACUCCCCUUUGCACUGUCUGAGACUCAAUGAAGCAGCCUGCCUCCCUUUACUAGGAUCUCUUUCUAUCCCUUUUUAACUGAUAUAUAACUGGUUAACUCACAGAGUUCACUUAAUGCCAACUCCAUGCUUACUGGAUCCCAAUCUCAAGCAACAUCCGAUGUUCUGCUCCUAUUGAUCCUUUUCUGUGGCGGGUGUGGUCAUGAUGCUUUACUGAUAAUGAGUGGAAUGAGAAUCACACAGAGAAGAAAAAGGAGGGACUGGAGACAAACUGGAUCGUCCCAUUAGCCUCAGAACCGGGUCAUUGUGAUAGUGUGUGAUUUAUGUGUGUGUGUGUGUGUGUGUGUGUGAGCAACAUCAGAUGUGUCAAGUUUCUAUUUCCUUGUUCUGUCAUUGCUAACUCCUCCCAGGACACCCCUCAGAAUGUGCAUGUGUAUGAAAGUAAAACUGCAAUAUUAGGUUUCUUUUAAUAACCGUUGUUUGAAUAUUGAUUUAAGCGUAAACUGUAGGAGAUUGAUGUCUUCACAGUUGUUUUAAAUGAUCAAGAUGACUUUUUGGGAAAUGGCCUUAGAAGCAUAUAGAUGGAAAGUGAAUGUUUCAAUGGGGAAAAAGUGUGUGGAAUUGUAUUUUGUUCUCCUUUCAAGAAAGUCACUGUACGGCGCAGAUGAUGUGAUGGUCUCAUGACAAAAUGGCAGGCACAGAGUGAUAGAAAAGACAAUGGUGCUCAUUUUCAUCUCAAAAAGGGUUAGAGGUGUUGGUCUAUGUUAAGCGUAACCCUAACAGUCUACCAAACUAGAAGUAAAGGAAUGCGUCAUUCACUGAACUUUGGUUUUGUAAGCACCUUCUUCGUCACAGUUAAUUAAGAAACCUCUAUUAAGAUCUUGCCCUGGCAACUGCACAUUUCCCUCACAAACACUUCUCACAAAACUACAUUUGCCUGGAGCUCUGAAACUUGAAGCUACAUUUUAAGUUAUGCAGACAUUUUGGUACUUGUAGUCUGAGCUGUUUGUGAGUGCUGCAUACGUACAUGUUGUCGCUUUGUUGUGACCAAGUCUGGCCCACGUCAUUGAUGCUCUGAAGAGAACAGAGGGGACAUGUUCAUACAUCCUUUAUAAGACACGAAAAAACUAUAUUUGAAAGGGGUGGCUCUUGAAAGAGGCUAACUGUUUUAUACUGUAAAUAUUUUAACUACUACUGGUAGACUAGUCAAUCUAAGAAAAAAGUCAGAUGUCUGAUGGACUUUACAUCUCAUGUGUCUUAAUUUAAGAGGUCUGCUCUUUUCUGUCCUGUUAGACACUGAUAUUGUUUGGAGAGAAUGCUGUCCAAUUCUUGAUGAGAGGGGUUAGGUGCUCCACUGUGUUUCCGCUGGCUAACAUCAUUAAUUUCAUUAAAGUGAAGUUGUUGUCAUCAACUUAAACAAAAAACAGUAGGCAAAUAUGUACUUUUAACCUUUAAAUAGCUUGUAAGGUUUGACCGGCCAGUUGUUUACUUUGCUGACAGUUUCCUUUCAACACUGCAUCCUAUUUGCGGCUACCAGUGAGACCACCUUUAUCCCAGUAUGGUUAGAGCUGCAGUGAGUGGACUUUUCUGUCUACUUUCAAAUGCUUCUCCGUCGAUGGCAUUGAUGUACUGAGAUAGCGAGGCCUUCUACCUCUUUGGAACUGUUCCAUCCAUUCCAUUUGUUCAGACUAAAUCAAGCUUGCCUUGAUCAAUUAGAGAAAUAUAAAUAGGAGUUGUUGUUGACCAACGUUUGAUGCCAAACAAACAAAAUCAUUUAAUAAAACUAAUGUAUUCCGUUUUUUUUCGGAUUCCGAUUGGGCCCUGAGUCUACCAACAGAUCAAACUGGCAUCUUGUGUGGUCAAUCCAGAAGACUCUGGAAGUAGACAUUUUAGGGACUUCAUCAGAGCUGGAAUGGCAUGAUGUACACCCUGAUGUUUAAUACUUCUGUCUUCUGCUUUAAAGGUUUCACAUUUUUUUUUAUUUAUGUUUUUGUAUGAACUUUCCAAUACAGUAUUAUCUAUUCUGUUCUUUGUAUUGCAAAUCUUAAUACUUGACUAAAUCUUUAACACAAGAAAAAUCAAACGGUAAUGGUGUGAUACCAAUUAUAUAUUAUUUCUUAGGAUAACCAAAAAAUGUAACAUUAAGGUGUACCCACAGUUUUUUAGUGUAAUGUUACGUUUGCCAUUAAAUGAUAGAUGCGCUUUAAUAAACUACAUAAUUGAGGAACAUGGAAAUUUGCUCUGGUACAAAUUCAUUACAGCGUAUCCAGUCUUGUUAACUAAAGCAAUAUGAUUGGUGGAAAGAAUGCUCUGUUGACCUCUCAAUAUUUAAAUACUUUUAGCAAUAAUGAACCACCACAGAACGAUCACAUUUUACUUGUUGUUUAACGAUUUUGAGGGGAUUUCCCAGCACAGAUUAAGGCAAUUUCUGGAUUAGACAACAAUAAUUUGAUGUACAGGAUCUGUAAUCCAGAACAAGGUACAGUCUGUACUGGAUUGUUUUUUUUUUAAUCUCAAAUUUCUUUCAAAACCAUGGCUGAGACACUGUUCACUAGGAUCAGGUAAUAAGUCUCUAUCUCUACAACCACUUUUGUUGCGGGAUGUCUACAUGGAGCUACAAAAAUAAGCAUGCAUGUUUAUGAUUUGUUAAUCUGCUUCUCUCAAGCCUGCGGCUGUCCACACUACUGUAGAUCUACACAUGCAAGAAAGGCACAGCCAUUCAUCAUCACCACAACAUCCUCAUUCCACUAGCACGUGUCAGGUUUGAAGUUGAGUGGGAUAAGAUGGUUUAAUACGCCUAUCCCAGAGACAGUAAUGGUGAGGAGAGGAGCACCCAAAAACUAUCAUCUCACUCUCUGACCCACAAUCUUUAUUACUGGAACACUCUAGAAGAACUGAUCCCAGGCCAAAAAGAAGAUACACUGGUGCAUAAUUUGCCAAGGCCAUAGCGACAUCAGGUUGUGUGUAUAUAGACAAAUACAAAGUUAUAUCGCAUUGCCAAUAGUCAUUUGUACAUAUGUAAAAUAAGAUCUUGUACUUCUGUUGGGUUGAUAUCAAAUAUGUAAAAUUAACACUGG